AUGGCGCCGGCUUCGACACCCGCAGUCGCAGUUCGUCGCAGUCAGUCGCAGUGGUAACUCGAGCGAGAGGGUAGUUGCGCCUGCCUUCGUAAGGAAAGAUCGCGGUUGAAGAGAGGCGAGCGAGAGAGCGAGGGACGGACGGAGAGAGUGAGGCGAGGUCGAGAGAGAGAGAGAGAAAGAUAGAGGCCCGCGAGCGAGAAAAGGGAAAAGAAGGGAGUGGAAAGAGGAGAGAGAGAGAGAGAGAGAGAGAAAGAGAGAGAGAGGAAGAGCGAGCGCGCGCCCCUUGCCUCCGCUUUACAGUGUUUCAGUCCGCGCGCGCGACGAUCCGGCUCUCGGACGCUUCGAGUCAGUCGGCCGGUGACGAGUCAGUCGAACAACGCGAUACACGAACCGUAAUACAGUCCGGUCGGUAAUCGGAGGUAGACCGAGAGAACGAAGAGGAAGACGAAGAGGAGAAGAAGAAUAAGGAACGAACGAACGAAAAGAAAGCAUCGGUCGAAUAUACGCAACCGAAUAUACGAGUAACGAGAGAGAAAGAGAGAGAGACGAGCGAGAGACUGUGCGAGCACGCUCCUGACACACGAACCGCACGUUCUGCACGCGGCCGACAGCGGAGCACUGGGUAGCAGUGGGGAGACGAGGCAGAUAUCGAGAAGGCCAUUUUCGUUUGCCGGUGUUUGCGCCAACGACAAACGGCGGCCGGUGUGGCACACGGCUACUACCGCUUCGCGAUCGAGAGUCCGCCGUGAGAGGGGACCGGCGUGUUACACCCUGGCGGAAGAGCGGAAGAGGUAACGUCAUCGUCAUCGUCGAAAUCGUGCCGACGGCGUCACAUCCGCGCGGUGCAUCGGCUUGUCUGCACGAACUUCCGUUUUUUACCUACGUACGUCGUAGUCGCCGUCGCAGCGUCGCGACGUAUUCACGUUCGUCGUACCGGCGCGAGUUACCUCGAUCUCAGGAUCGCAGUGUUUUCGUCGUUAUCGUCGUCGUCGUCGUCGUCAACGAGGAGGCGGACCGUCGAUUCGUUCCGCGAGACAUUCCGCUCGUUUGUUCGAUAAAGGAGAGACGACGCGCACAGGAGCGGGAGAGGUCGACGACAGCGUAGUUACACGUUGCGAGCCUCCCCAGCAUCGCGAACUCCGGUGCAACAUCUCCGUCGAGCGCCAUCGCUGUCACCGUCGUCGUCGCCGUCGCCGUCGUCGCCGUCGUUGUUUAACCUCCUGACCGGUGUCGCACCGGUGUCGCACGAGAUUUCUACGAGAACCAAGCGGGAUGCCGACGAGUUUGUUCAGCGAAAUGGACCGCGUCGCGAACGGCGUUGCCGCCGGUACCUCCCUCGAGGAUCAGCGCGCUCUUCAGCUCGCGUUCGAGCUGUCGAUGCUCGGCCUGUCGGAGGGCUCGUCUGGAUGUCCGGGCUCCGGUACCGGAAACGGCUCCACCAACGACCCCGAUCCCCUGCAGAACACGCCGGCCGUCUUCGAGGAAGCGCGCUCUAAGAAGAGCCAGAACAUGACUGAGUGCGUGCCGGUACCCAGCAGCGAACACGUGGCAGAAAUCGUCGGCCGACAGGGUUGCAAAAUCAAGGCGCUGCGUGCAAAGACAAAUACCUACAUCAAGACCCCAGUGCGUGGUGAGGAGCCAGUAUUCGUUGUGACAGGACGUAAAGAGGACGUAGGUCGUGCGAAACGAGAGAUUCUCUCCGCGGCGGAGCACUUUUCGCAGAUCCGCGCAUCUCGAAAGAACUCGCUGGGCAACCUCCUCGGCGCGCCACCCGGGCCACCAGCCACCGCGCCCGGUCAUGUAACGAUUCAGGUACGAGUACCAUACAGAGUCGUGGGCCUGGUCGUUGGGCCAAAGGGUGCGACCAUCAAACGAAUUCAGCAUCAGACACAUACCUACAUCGUAACACCCAGCCGUGACAAGGAGCCGAUCUUCGAGGUGACGGGCUUGCCAGAAAGCGUAGACGCGGCGAAACGCGAAAUACAAGCUCAUAUCACUCUGCGAACCGGCACAGCGCCUGGUGUCGUUGAUGAAGGUGAUUUAUUGGGUGCGCUGUGUCGCGGUGGGCUUGGUUCAAUCCUGGGAAUCUCGAAUAGUAUGGAUCAACCGGGAUCAAACAGUUCAAACGGUGGUUCCAACGGUGCAUUUUCAAGCAGUGCCAGUUGCAGCAGUUCUUCUAGCACUUCCGGCGGCGCCGGAUUGGGCGAUAUCGUGGCCAUCUGGGGUCCCGGGAUAGACAGGGAUGAGGGUCUCGGCGAGUCGCCGUCGUUCGAAUCGCAACCCACAUCGGCGUCGAUCUGGUCGUUCCCCAGCGUCCCGCUGCCCUCGAGACCGUCGCCACCGGCCACGGCGAGUCCAGCGUCACCCACAGAUUCGCUUCUCGGUGGUGUACGGCGAGAUUGCGUCGUAUGCGGUGAUAAGGAGGUCACCGCUGCACUUGUGCCCUGUGGACACAAUCACUUCUGCAUGGACUGCGGUAAUCGAGUCUGCGAGAGCUCAGACCCGAGUUGUCCGAUCUGUUCCAGACCUGUACUGCAGGUACUCCGCAUUUUCACCUAAAGGGCCCACCACCGAUCGUCUGUCUCCUGUGUAGCGGUACCCGGUGUCGUAUGCAACCGCUACACCAGCAGUUUACCCUCUACCGCUCCUUGUGCACGGAUGGCUAACUGAUUCAGCGAGUAACGACGGCGACCAAGAUGAAGAAACGUUUGGCGGCUGCAGUUAUGACGACGCGAUGCGACCCGCUGGGCGUUUCGCCCUCUAUCCUGGAACUGGCCGGGAUCCUCUUCGUGCUUGUGAUGCGAUCAUCGUUAUCGGCCAUCAUCGUCAUCAACAUCGUCGUUGUCGUCGUCAUCGUUAUCAUCGUCUUUCCACGGUGCGACGUCAUCAGGGGACCGAACGCGCACAAUGUCUUAAUUCCACGGCUGCCAAUAAUCUCUUUUAAAACGCGACGGGAAUUCGCCUCGGCGAAUCGACCCAGCAAGCGGGUCGAGCGUCGAGAGUCUGUUUGUUCCCGCUGACCGGAUACAACGAAGCCAGCUUUUAAGUUCUACAAGAUAUAUAUUUAAAGAAAGAAAUAGAGAGAAUGAGAGAGAGAGAGAGAGAGAGAAAAAGAGUGACACACAGAGUCAGAGAUGGAAACACACACCCACUGUCAUCGUCAUCGUUGCCCUCGCUCCCUUUAUACUCCAUACGUCUCCCCCGUCCUCUUCACCCCUUCCUGACGCUUACGUGUAGAUUGAGCUCGCGGCUCGUCGAGUAUAUUCCGAUAAGCUUCGAGGUACGAGAGAGACGGCACGAGACGGUACAUCGGUACCAUUCCGGGCCGACGAGCGAGACAGAGCCUCUCUAUUGCCCGCAAAAGAUCGACACUGUGAUGUUCUACGACUGAUAUUGCUGUUAGUAGCGAGACUGAUGAUUACCGAGACGCUACUCCCUUUUUUUUCUCUCUCUCACGUAGCGAUGGCCACGGUGAUCCGCUGCUACAUGCAACGAUCGAGUCGCGGACCGACCGGCCUCGCCAUACCGUUUGAUUACGCUUUAAUGCCGCCGGUGUUUCGCAGUUUUUUCAAAACUCUUUGCUCGUUCCUGAGAUUUCCUUGGUCGAACGUUUGCUGGGAACAGAGGCAGGCUGCUUGUUUAGCAUGCUGUACCUUACAGCUUUCUCGAUUUCCUCUCUUUUUCUUUUUUAUUUUUUUAACUAAUUUUGAUGACUGAGUAACGAAUCACGUUCAAAUCAUGCCCAAAGACUAUGACUCUCGACUUGUUGGUCGCUUUUAAGUUUCGCAUAUUUACAUUACUUGCUUGCGGUCAAAGCAUGCUUACUUUAACAUCGUAUCUUCCUCGAUCCUGAAUCCUUGCAAUCGGCGAUGACAUGUAUGUAUGUAACUGAGGAAGAUACGGGAAAUAACGUUUUGUUUGUCUAAUCCGCGAUGUUUAAUUUUGUGCCAAAAGGAUUCAGACAAAAGAUUAUUAUCCCGAUGAUUUUACCCCGAUUGCGCACUGGGCAACCUCAUGACUCUCGCACCUUGUUUCGCUUGUCCUCCAAAAAGAAGACGAAACGCGCAGUCUUGAUCUCAGCGUUCGCACGCUACAAACGCGAACGCGCGUAGAAAGUGCUAAGUGUUCUCUGUAUAAUCGAUCUGGGAUGGGAUUUUUGCGUUGCCGAGUGUACAAUUACGAACUCGACGAACCUGCGAGCUGCUACGGUUGCGAGUGUGACAGUGAAGAUUACCGACAUUACGAGAAUUACCAACACGUAUUACACGAGACACUUAUACACGCGUACACUGGGUGUAGAGACAGACACUGGAUACACCGAUAGAUGAUCUCGCAUAGACAUCCUACAGGUUGAAAAGAGAGGGAAAAGGAGUAGAGAGGGUCACGGGCCCCUCGAUUCGCCACGAAAUCACGUAGCGAUAUACAGCGAACGGCGCGUUCGUUCCACCCGGCUUCCCUCGCUACAACUAGAGUAUUAUACUUAAAAUAAUAUCUUUAUAUAAGCGAAAAAAAUAGCAAUUGAGAUAAUGAUAGAUAUAUAUAUAAUAAUAUAUAUAUACAUACAUAUAUAUAUAAUUAUAUACACAUGUAUGCAUUCAUAUGGAUGUACGUAUACAUGUAUGUACAUGCAUAUGUAUACGUACAUGUCGCGUCGGAAAGUCUGACAGAAGAGAAUGCGAGAGCGAGAGAAAGUAGAAUGAAAGAGAGAGAGCAAGAGACAUGUAGAUGGCGAAUGAUAUUUUAUCGACGAGAUUUUAGAUUUUGUAUUUUUCGCGCGUUUCGUCGAUGGGACGACGGGUGGUCUUGGGGCCGUAACCAUAUAUACAUAUAUAUAUAUAUAUAUACACAUAUACAUAUACAUAUACAUAUACAUAUAUAUGAGAGAGAGAGAUACAGGGAGUUCUAUCUAAGAAUCUGUUACGGCGCGUGGAGAAAAUGGAAAAUGCAGAUGAAAAAAAAGUGGAAAUACACACAUAGGUACACAAAAAGAAAAGACAAGGAAAAGACCAGAGCACAACGCGUAAGUCGAGGGGCCGCGCGUCCGCUCUCAGGCAGGAAGAACGAGCGCAAAAACGAGGUCGGUCGAUGCGCCGGCGGCACUCGCGAGUGUAUUUUUCGACUAGUAAUAAUGGAGCGGACCGCUUAGAAACUUGACGGAAACGAUACUCGUCUCACGUAGAGAUCGACGAUGCGUACGUAGCGUCUCUCUUUUUUUUUUUCUAUUCGUUGGAGAGGCGUAGCCGCGCAUUAUCGCUACUAUAUCAGCUCGCAUUAAUGUACAUGUAUGUAUGUAUACAGCGUGGAUACAUGUCGCGGAUGUGCGUACCAUCCGUCACAUACAUCCAUUUUAUUCGAUACAUAUAGACGACGUCACUGUACCGCUUCCUCUCCGAGAUCCGGACAUAGAGAGGCAUAGGGAUCUUUUACGAAAAAAUGGACAGAAAGUGCAUCGACUAGUCUCUCUUGUCAGUUUUCGUGGACGAACAUCGUGGAUGUGCUCUCGCGCCCCAUAGGACUCUACUAAGGCGCGAGAGUGCAAACGAUAUUCGUGGAGGAAGCCCGGUACGUGAUCCGUUUCUGCAUGCAAGCUCCUUUCGCAGAGAAAAGAUACGAAAAAGGGCAAGAAGUUAAUCAAACGGGGGCCUCCCACGACGAGGCCCUGACGCGCGCGACAGGAUAGACGAUGCUCCGAAUUUUCUCUCGAACGGCGGCAAACGCGAUAUUUUAACCGUUAACACAGCGGGAGAGAUAAUAUUUUUCUGCGUAUUUCCGUUUUCCCUCGCUUCGAUAUCGAGUUUAUUCCGUGUUCCAUUUUCCUUUUCGCCCCGGCCUCCGUCAUCCCCUCGAUUUCUCCCCUUUCCUUCUGACCAUCCUACUCGGGGCUCAUCUGCCCACUCCUCCCUUCGUGGUUGUCCGCAUUUCUAUUUUUUUAUCGUCGAAAGUUCUUGUCAAUCGUUGCCAUUUUUUAAACGAAGAUAUGCUCAAGUCGCAGCUCCGAAUAAGUCGAGGUAUAUAAUACACAUAUUACAUAUAUUAUAUAUAUAAAUAUAUAUUAUAUAUAUAUAUAUAUAUCUAAAUCGCCCAUCGUAGUGGGCGUUGAAAGAAGAGAGAGAAUAUUUUUUCGAUCUUUCCGAACAAGAGACUUGAUCCUUUUUUUGUUUAUAUUUUAUUUACUUUUUAAUUUUUGUCGCGCGAAGAUGUCUCCGUUCGCCGUGUGCUUCGUUUCGUGUCUCUCCACACCAGUUCCUCCCAUAUUUCCCGUGUAUACCGCGUAUCUCCGUUCCGGGCUCUGCUUCUACACACACGCACGCGCGCGCGCGCACACACACACACACACACACACACACACACACACACAGAGAGAGAGAGAGAGAUAAACACACUACACGAAUAAAGACUCGCCACUCUCGCUCACGCACUCGCCGCACGAUUAAACGCACGCUAAAAAUACAUUCGCGUACGCACGAGCUUCGGAGGGUGCGCGAAAGACAUGCGCGAACGAUAUUUGUAUAUUAUUUGUUACUUGUAUAACGAAACGCCUCAACACGCAAGCAAACACCCGACGCGACACGGAGGGAUAUGCACACCCACACUUACACGUAAAACACACGGAAGACACGCGCGCACCAGUAACAUGCGUAACACAAAAGUGUAUAUUUAUAUAUUACAAUGAUCGACCUGAGAAAAAGAGAGAGAAAAGUGUUUAUCGUAUUUAAGUUCGAGGUAUAAAGUAAAUUCUAUAUUUUUUCUAUGUUAAGUAUAAAGGAAGAAAAAAAAUGAUGCAGAGAUACGGUGAUGUGACGUACACAUACAUAUAUUAUAUAUUAUAUACAUAUAUAUAUACAUACAAUAUAUAAAAUAUAUAUUUAUAGGUAUUCUUUCUCUCUUUAGCAUCUACGUUCCGAAAGGCGUCGCCAAGCCGCCUCGUCGCGCGCGAGAAAUGCUGGCGGCUCUGGCGUGCACGUGCAACGUAAUAUAAUGUAGAUCGUGUCAGGUAAUCUCUCUCAUUAACUUUGCUAUGAUAAGUCUGAUAAUCCGUUCCGGGUCGCGCGGGACUCGCCCGCGAGAUUCGGGACCUGGUGAAAGGAAGAGAGGGCGAUAAAAGGGGCAAAGAAGGGAGAGACGGAUGGCGACGCUACGAAAAGAGAGAACCGAAAGAAAGCUCUGGAGAACGGGGAGGAUAUCUCGAUUCCACACACACGUACACGCUACACACGCACACACAUUAUAUAUAUAAACGUGCGUUUGUAUAUUUCGAUCGGAUUGCCGGGCCGAGAGAGAAAGAUAUUAACAAUAAUAUAUCUAAAUUAAUAAUUAUAGUAAUAUAUGUAAAUUAAUGAUCGACAGGGAGAUUCGCGGAUGUCACAUCCGCGAGUACAUAUACACUGUUCCAUGGCAUGUAUACUAUCCAUGGCGGAAGAGAAGAGAAAAUCACACAUGGAUAGCAAGAAGCGUGAGAACUUUCGGAAACGGAAGAACGGAAGAAGCGUAGAGCCCAAAGGAAAACGCGAACUUGGAAUCGUAGUAAAUUAAGAAGAAAGAAAGAAAGAAAGAAGAGGAAGAGAGAGGGGUGUGUUGUAGGAUGAAGGGUGGUUGUCAGGACUCGAAAUAAUCGCGACGCCAGACUCGAGCGGAAGAACGGCGCGGGUGCGGGCGAGGAAGCGAAAGAGGGGACACGGAAGACGAAUCAAGUUUCGACGUUUUACUUUUUAGCUUUGGUUUUCCUCCUUUCCUUUCGCGAUUGUUGGAUGAUGACCGAGAGCCGAGAUAUCGCGAUAUGAAGUGUCCGUAGACGUUUCGUCCGAUUUUACCGGUGACGAGGUAAAUGCGCGUACAUCAGCCUCGCUCCACGAUCAUUCCUCCUUUAUCAGUGGUGCUUUUAGAAACGAAUUCGGAAGAAAAUUGGACGGAGGGGUACGGUGGGACGCAGCUUUCUGACAACUCGCAAUCGGCAUCAAAGUUCUCGUAUUUCCUCGUGAACGCGAUCUUCAUGAUCGUCUCUCGAUCUUCGUGAUCGCGCGCCGGGACUUUGAGAUUCGUCGAGGGACACGUCGUUAUUCAGUCUUCCUUACGCGUUUCGCGUUUCGACCCUGUCGCGUACGAACCAGUGGUUUUUCUCGGCAAUUCUCCAGUAGCGGCGAGAGGGAAGGUUCAGCUCGUAAAUCGCGUUAGGCAAAUCGCGCGAGCGAGGGAUGACAGACAUCUCUCACGGCAACAGAAAUUCGUCGAGAACCUCCGCUAGACUUUGGGACAAUCCUGCUAAAAUUGAUACGCGACCGAGAACACGUGCACACAGAAACACAUUACAUGCACACGAAUACGACACACAGGCAGCCUUCACUUUGGCCGAGGUUCCGACAUCGCGGGCUCGUCGGCGUCAUCGUUUUCUCAUCGAUUCGUCAUUUUCGUAUCAUCAUCGUGUGUGUGUAUAUAUAUAUAUAUACGCGUGCUCACAAAUUUCGCGUGUCGACGCCAACUACACUAAUGUCGUCGCGAUCGAACGUUUUUCGAAUCUUAAUCGUCUCGGGAAGAUCGCGCGUUCGCGAUUCCGUUCUUUCGUUGCGGGGAUCUUAAUGGUAAUCUCUCCACCACCGUUUGCCACCAUUGACACCGCGCGAAACAGCGGACGUUCGCGUAAUUUACAAUUAUAUAGUGCCAUACGCGUAAAUCAAAAGUUGAUCACUCGUGAUAAUAAACGGCGGUAGUUUAAUGUCGUCGAUGGUAACGGAGCGCGUCUCGGGGAAAUUGCCGUGAUUACGCGGCUAUCAAACGUCGAUAGCAAGAGGGGGUUCUUGGACGACACCGCUCGGAUUCACCCUCGCUUCUUGGACGAGCGUCUCACCUUCUCUUCUAGCUUACAUCUCGUCUACGCUCGUGUAUUCGUUUUCGCGCGUCGCGGUACAUUCGCGCGGAUGGGGCUGUCGAAACACGCACUCGCGGACACAGUGGUAUAUAAUAAAUAAAUAAAUAAUUAAAUAAAUAAAUGGGACUUGGCGCGUCUAGUUUUUAGAGGCGUUCUAUAACAAGUAACUUUAACUGAUAAGGGGAGGAGGGUCGUCGUGACGUAAGGUUUAAUAAUUGUAAAAUAUUUAAAGCGUAAACUUUAAUGAUUAUUGUAUAGCCAUUGGCUGUGACCGAUAACUGCCAUUUUCUUAAUCGAGAAAUAAUAAAAAAAGAAGUAAUAAACGCGCAAGCGAUGAUGUAGUAAGAUGAUACCUGCGUACAUACGAGUACGCUGCAAGCAUACACGAUUACACGCAAACACGGUACGCAACGUGAUGAGAGGCGACUAAUGCACACCCACGACAUACACACGAUGCAACAUACACACAAAACACACGACGAACAUGUAAAAGACACAUGUAAGAACGUCCUGGGAUGCGUGUGAUGAAACAUCAUCGCGCGAUUCACGCGGGAGGAGAGACGCGGAAAACGUUUCGUGACAUAAAAGUGGCGAGUACAUACGAGCAGAACGAUUUAUUUACAAAAUUGACAAGGGAAAAUCGAUGACACGCGAAUCAAUCGAGCAAUGUUUGAUAGUUGCAGCGAAACGACGGGAAAAAUCGAUUGAUAACGAAGGAGAAAAGAAUCCGCGAUCGCGAAUAACGAAAUGAAUCCGCGAAUUGGGCGAACACCUCGCGGGAAAUCGUCUGUCGACCCCUCUCAGCUUCGAGCCGCGAGCAGCAACCCCCUAUUUACCCUCGCGACGUUGAAACUUGAAUAAUGGAUAGUGCGAAGCAUAUUGUUAAGGAUAUAAAACAAGGGGGUAAAGAAAGAGAGAUAGAGAGUGUGUGAGAGAAAAAGCACAGACAUACACACACUUAUACACGACGAUACAUAUCGCAAACAAUAAUAACUAAACGUAAGAAAGAUUAUAGGAUCUAGUAGAUGUGGCAGAGUAAUAAAGGAAUUUUAAGAGAAAAAGAAAAUAAUAAUUUAACUAUAGGAAUAUAUCGAUGCGUGUGUGUAUAUAUAUAGAGAUAGACAGAGAGAGAGAGAGAGAGAGAGUGAGAGAAAAAGAAAAAGAAUAGAUGAUCGUUGUUGCUUGAUUUAUCUCUACUUACUAUAUGAUUAUAUUUUAUUGAAUAAGUAUAUAUCUGAGACGAGAGACAACAUGAAUAUUAUCAUUAUUAAGUCUUAUUGCGUUAAACACAUUUUAUUGCAUAAAUGCUAUUAAUUAUUGAUACGAUGAAUUAUAUCAUGAUUAUUAUUGGUCGAUACAUAUAUAGUAUAUGUCUCUGAUGUAGUUUUUGUUUUGUGCAUAAUGUGUCACGUAGCAUAUCGAAUUUCUCUCGGCGGGAUUUUUCGCAAAACGACCGCCGGUCUUUCAGCGAGAUUGUGUUACUCGUUAAUUUUCCUCGCUUUCUUCGCGCCCUCAUCUCAGCCCGUUUCUCGCUCGAGCUUCCGCGCGCUUGGCGCGAAGAAAAGGGAUUUAACGUUUCUCUCUCAACCUUGCGCCCGUUCUGUUCCACUUUCGAUCGUUUCUCCCCCUCUCACCUUUCGUUUCAUCAUUUUCGUGGUUUGUGUGAGCUCUCGCCCGACGACGAUGGAUAGUGAUUAGACAUGAGUGAGAACAUUGAGAGAAUAUCUAAUAUAUUAUGUCCAUAUAUUAUAAAAUUAUAUAAACGCACAUACACACACACACCACACACCACACACACACACACACACACAACACACAUACACAGAGAGACAUGACACGCAAAGUCAUAUGUGCACAUCUUCGACACAUACGCAUCGCGACCAUUGAUUAAAAAAAGACCGCGCGCGUUCGAGACGAAUGCAACAUGGUUUGCACACAUCAAUCCUCCACAAUCGCAUUUUAAUGAUAAGUAUUUUCUUGACAUUACGAGCGAGUCACUCGCAGCGCGUGCUCCAAAGUGCGUACAUAAUAAAUCGCAAAAGACUUGGAGGAGCAACGCUCGAACGCGCGUCUGACCGCGUACUUCUCUCUUCUUUUUUUAAAUAAUUACUUACGUAUUCAUUAAGUAUUUACUUAAUUACCAUGAGGGACAAAGGAAGGUGGUAGUUGUCCAUGGAUUCGUAUAGACGCGUCGGACGUAGCGCGUCUGUUGUUUCUCCUAGAAACAUUAUUAAUUAAUCGUGCAUGUACGGAACGCGUGUGUUUCUCGGGCGAUCACAUGGCGAGUUGGUCACUUUCUGUUCUCGUCGGCGUCAUCAUCAUCGCCUCAGCAAUGAUGAUAGCAAAGAUGAGUCGAUCGAAAGCACGACGUCUCGCCGGCCACGUGUGUAACCCGCAGCCCAUAGACUCGAUCUCAGAGAAAGAAAGGGAAUCGUUCCUUCAGUUUCUUCUUUUUUUCUCACCUUUCCCUUUCUCGGUUCGCCCGCGCUUGUUCGCGUGAUUUCGCAACGCGUCGCACUAAUCGGUGUUAAACGAAUCCAUAAUUUUCUUGCUUUCCUUCGUCGCGUACGCCCGCGUGCGAACGUCGUCUCCUCAUUCCUUUUCCCGCGUCUCGCUUCGUUCGUUUCGCGCCCUUUCGCGCCUUACUUUACGUCAGUCUUUCUACGUUUUUGUUGUUUUACGUCGAUAAUAAAGAAAUAUAAUAAUUUAAUUGCCGCAACAGGAAAUAUAUAAUACCAGGUGCGGUCUAGCCUCUCGGGUCCCGUGGCCGUGUUGGAAAGUUGCAGUUGGAGAUUCAGGGGAAUCUGUGAUGCACGGAAAAUAAAUAAUAGGCUGUGUGACACGCGAUCCGAGAGAUACUACCUGGGACUAGAGAAAUCAGUAUUUCAGAAAGAAAAAAUAUAUGAAAAUGCAUAUAUAACUAUUAUUAUUAUUAAUAUUAUUAAUAUUAUUAUUAUUAUUAUUGAUAUAACUCUUUUGCGUUGUGUAGGAUUUGAUAUCAAAUUGAAUAUCGAAGAUGCAUCUGUUCCUCCGAAAAACGAAAGUGAACGACAGGGAAAAAAGUUACGUUACACUGUAUAUUCGUGCGAAACAAAUCAGAUAUAUCUCGCUUCGUUCGUUUCAAUUUGAUUUUAGUGAGAUUGUUUUUUUUAAUUUUUAGUAAUGUGAUUGAGAAAUGAUUAAUUAAGCAAGAGUUAUAGUGGUUUUUGAUGACUAAAACACUUAAAAGACAAGUAGAAAAGGAGAACGGGGAAAAAAUUGGGGAAAUUAAUAUUAGGGAAAUAUGAUUUUAAAAAUGACAUUUUAUAGAGGAAAUUUUUAUAGUAUUCAUUAUAUAUCGUGCAUGAGAAAAAAAUAUAUAAACACAUUAUUAUAGUUAUUGCAUUAUUAUGAUUAUAAUUAUUAUAUUAUAUUAUAUAUCAUAUAUAUUGAAUGUUGUGCUCACACACACUCAGUGUUUUUUUCAUAGUCCCCGCAAUGCGACAAUGCGUGGGAUUCUGCAAGAGGGAGAGAGAAUGAUGGUUUAUAUGAAAGAAUCUAAUAUAUGUAACGCAGAUAUUUUAUGUUCGAUGUUUUAUUAAUUACAAUGUAUUUAUCAUUUAUAUGUAACUAUUAUUGUAGUUGUAACUAGUAUUGCUAUUUCGUUUUCCAUCUGUGCUUUUGUUGUUCCCUCUCUCUUUCUCCGUCUCCAUCCGCUUACCCUGACAAAUUAAUUUUCUUGCUUCGGCUUUUUUUCCUUUCUUCCUUUCUCGAACUUCCCCAUCGAUCGAUGGAAAGCGCCGCGACGUUGAUCGACGGACAAGCGCCGAUCGAUCUGAUUGCGGCCUGAUAUUCGCAAAAGGGAGAGAAAUGCACUUUUGCAAAUCGUUUGGGCAUUAGUCGCAAAUCGCGAAACUAAGAAUCGCUUUUCCUUCCUUCGUUGGUGCGGUUGUUGAGAGAAAGAUCAAAAGAAAGAGAGAUAAAGAGAAAGAGAGAGAGAGAGAGAGAUAGAGGAAGAACGAGCCUCGAUGCACAGAAAGGACCGGAUGUCAUUGCACCGUCACAGUAUCAAGCGACAUCGCCACUCUUGCUCUAACGAUAGCUAUAAACAAUCCUUGUAAUAAUAUUAACUAAAGCCAGCAAUAAUUCAUUGUGACGUCGCAAUAUUGUGGCGCCAAGGGCGAUGCACCGGUUUCUCCUCGUGUAUCACUUCCUCGAUGUUUAACCCUUUCCCCCCGCAAUCGCGUACAACGUACAAAAGGGUGGCGCUUUAUAUUUUUUGGCCGGUGUCCCUUCCUCCAGUGUUUCGAAUGAUUUGACUCGAUUCACAGUUGUACAUUGUACGCGAAGGAUGAUGAUAUUAAUUAAAUAAUUAAUUGUCGUAUAAGCCUAGGACAUUUUAUCUCCCAAUCUCGUUCCAUCGCGAACGGAACGAGAUAUACACACAAUCCGUACAAUCGCAGCGGAAAAUACACAUACGAUGGAUAUGUGUAUAGUAAUUAUGAGUACGAGACUACUACUACUACUAUUACUACUACUAUUCCGGAUAAUUAGAACCCUUAGAAGCCACGAAUGCGCGAGAGUUGAAGGCGCCAAAAUAUGCGAGAAUUAUUUUUUAGAGUACUCAAAUUACAAUACGAGAGAGAGAAAGCGAGACAGAAUGAAAGCGAUGUGAGAACGAGAGAAGAAAAAAAAUAAGCGACAGAAAUUAUAGAACAACAACUAAUUAUUUUCUAUAUUUUUUUAUAUAAUUUUGUGGACACGCGUUAAUAUAUUAUGACUAUUAAUAUUAUUAUAUUAUUAUUAUGAAUAUUUUAAUAUAUAAUAUGAUUUUUAUAUAAUGUGUACUUAUGUUUUCUUUCCUGUGUUCUUGUCUGGUUGUUUGAAGCUUUGUGUUUGGUUAAUCAGUUGUUGAUUUCCGUACGACAGAAAUACUGGAUUCUCAAGAGGAUCUGAAUGAGCUUAGCGUAACACUGAAGCAAUCAAACACGCCGCGCAACCGACUAUCCUAUAUUACUCAAUAAUAUAUAUUAUAUAUAUAAAAAUAUAUAUAUAAUAUCAAUAUAUAUAAUAUAUAUUUCAUUUUAUUAUUAUUAUAUUAUUAUGUUUAUUAUCCUUUAAUGAUAUAUUAUUCUUAAUAUUAUCGCUACAAAUAAAUCCAUUCUACAGAUUGUCCCACGAUUAUCGUUGCUUCUCCUUGGAAUCUGCUCAAUUUGAUGAUGUGUUUCGCAACUUCUUGAUUCCCGAUUAUGAGACAAUCAUUAUACUUGUGUCGUAAUAUCUCGCAACUGACAGUAGCGUAGAGUAGUCGUAGGGCAGCCUGUACUGUGCAUAACAAUUAUGCGAUCAUUGUCCACGAAAAGAUACUUGUUUAUAAAUCGUACCAUAUCAAAUUGUUUACAAAAUCGUUUUAUCUCCCAGCAUAUUUUUUCUCGAAUUAUGUUUUACGUCUUUCUUUAUACAUAUAUAUGUGUAUAUACGAAUUCGAUGUUGUGCGACGUGAGCAUCACUUUUCUAUCUUCUUUUUUUUAACGAUAUUUGCGGUUUCGAGAGUCAGUGGUGUUUUACGCGAAUCAUCGACUACAUCCAUCGACUAUUGCUCUGUCAUCAAAACCUUUAUUUUUGUACGAUACAAAAAUUACACGUUGUUCAUUAUAACGUCAUAUAUAGACAAAUAGACAAAUAGACAUUCUACUCCUUACGACAUUCGAAUGCGAACGAUGAUUCGCGACUAUUCGAACGACGAGUAAAAUGGAAAAUAUUGCCGUUUAAUGUACGUUUAAGGAUUCUUAUACAAACCCGUACCAAAAAUAUUUUAUUAAAAAAAGAAGUAUAUAUAUAUACAAAUAUGUAUAUAUACACGAGUCUCUAUAUAGGAACGACGCGUACACUUGCGUACUGCUGGAAACAAAUUUAAUAAAAUGUUACGUGAUUUUGAUACAUUAACACCUAAGUUCUCAUUAUUUUCUCUCGCGUUAUCCAACACCUCUGUUUUCUUCGAGUUAUCCAUUUUUUUCUGCCUCCUACACUACGUCUGGCUCCAUCCUCUCAUCUUCACUUCACGCCUCAAUCUUCGCUUCUUGUGCUCUCUCUCUUGUAUCAAAUUCUUCUUCUCUUUAUUUAUCUCACGCCAUAUCGUUACAUUUAAUCGAAUGUGUCAUCGCGGAUGAUUCCGAGGCGUUCCCUACCGCGUGAUCGAUUACUCGCGCGCGCGCGCGCGCGUGUAAUUUUAUCGGAGCGUCGCGAGUGCAGGGGUCUGAGAGAGGCAGACGGGGGUGUAGGAAUAAUACUCGUGGCACCCCAUUUCGUGGUCCCGUUACUGACGGUCGCGUGUCGAACGGCAACCGGUCCGAUAGUACGGUACGCAGGAGCGUGCCACGAAAAUCUGUCUCGUCGAUCCCUUGGGCGUCUCGGCCGCACCAAGGGCUGUUGCCCGUUGGGAUGGCAACGUCGCAUUGCAGCGUUGGGGUUGCGGUCGAUGCCGUUCCGGUAAUGGUAGCCGAGGUUACCGUUUCACGGCCCGACGUUCUCUCUCUUUGCGAUUCUUUCCGAAUGUAUCGAGAUUAUCGCUCGAAGACCUUCGUCUUCGUUCUCCCCCUCGGAACCAGCCUGCUUUCGAUCUCUCGUCCAUGCAAUUACGGAGGGGGUGGCCUUUCUAUGUUUUCCCUCUUUGAUUCCUUUGCCUAAGAGGAUCGCCGAGAGUCCGCGCGACGACCGCGCGAGGCGGAUACCACCGGGGUACCUCCCCCGAGGAAUCGAAGAACUUUCGGGCGAACUCCCCCAUUCCCGCCACGCCGACCGUUGGCGGCGGCUGGUGCGGCUUGCAUGCAUUUAAAUUGUCAUGAGUCAUACUCCGCUGCAUCAGCUCGCGCGAUGAUGGCAGCGCGGCAGCACUUUGUCCAAUAUAUAUAUAUUUAUAUAUUAUACAUAUGUGUGUGCGCGCGCGCGCGCGUGUGUGUGUGUGUGCGUGUGUGUGUAUAUAUAUACAUAUAUAUGUAUAUAUACGGCGAGUAAUCGCCGGCCGACGCGCGCUUCCUCUUUCUCCCUUUUGCCGUCCUACAACCCCCGCGACUUGGCGCGCGCUCUCUUUCCGUCAGCCUCUGUUGCUCCGCAGUAGAUCGAUAGCAGGAACGGUACUCGCCUCUCUCGCACGACUCGCGCUCUUGAUAUAUGUAUAGACCGGCAUACAUCGCCGUUGGAAAAUCGCAGCGAACGUUCUGCCGCAAGGGGUUGAAAGAGAGCGCGCGAGAGGGUGAAGCGACCGAGAGGGUGAGACAGAGAAAGAGCGAGAGGGGAAGAGGGUGGUCGCCUCGAGGCCGAUUUCAGGUCCGUAGCUCGUUCCAACUGCGCCACGUUUCUCCAUCGUCGAUCGCGAUGACGAAGAUCAUGAUCGUACAAAAAAUUCUGAUGUCGAUCUUGAUCUACGAAUGUUUGUGGAAUCUGGAUGAUAAUUCUGGAGGAAAUCUCGCUACUCGGUGGAUCGGUUAUUAGUUCGCAUUUUGUUCGAGCCGACUCGAGAUCCACCAUUUGAAUCGAAGGGGACCUCACCUAGAUCGUGUCUCGCUGGAUUUACCUUACCAGCUUCGAAUCGAACUCCCUCCUUUCUGCGAAACGCUGCUCUCUCGCUUCGCUCGACAUUUCCCUAAUUACGACAGUUUCGUCCCCGAACAAUUAGAGUCGCUGCCGAGGAGAAAGCUCGUGGUCCCGCGGAGACGGACGCCGUUAUUCGAGAGCAGUUUCAAAUAUUCACUAUUCCACCGCGGGGGAUCUUCUGGUCGAUCGAUAUGGUUUCCUCUCCGAAAAGUUUCUCGAGACGAUACGAGCGCAACGUACGGGGCACUUUUCAAAGUAAAUUUGCUUUUAAUCACCGGGAUUAAAUUAUACUGGUGUGUAUCAGAGAUGUCUCGGGUAUCAACAAAAAUCCCAGAUAUUCUCCAAUCGUGUUUCUCACACGGCGAAAUGAGCGAUUUUCGUGAGAUUUUCGCUUCCGUGUGCCAUAGAAUUUCCCAAGUGUUCCGCGAGCCUAUCGAAUUAUACUUCUCUUUAUUUCUAAUGGUGUUUUCACACCAUUCUUUUGCCUCCUCUCGUCCCUCCUCUCUCUCUCUCUCUGCAUCCCCCGUCACUUCCACCCUCUUCGUCUGCAUUGCGUCGUCUCCGACACUCUUUCUCUCUCCUCUCUCGGUCGAUAGCUCGUAGGGGUCGCGGAGACGCGGCGACGCCCUGCCCGUCCAUCCCCUUACGACUUGCCGCCAGGGGGUCUCAACCUUGAUCAAAAUAUUUUGUGAUCUCAUUGCCAGACAGCCGUAACGGUCGCACGACGUUGCAGCUGGCUCGGCACACCGCCGCUGUUCGCUUAUAUUAUUGAUUAUCCCGAGUCGGCUCGAACCGACUAAUACGCGCGACGAUAUCUUUGCCGAUCCCGACACUCUCGAAAUCGCUCCAAUAUUUCGUCCGCAUUUCAUAAAGGCGGCUAUUGUGCAACUUGAAAAAUGUUUAUCGCACUUCCGGUUACUUUAAUUCUCCCGCUACAAUUCAAUUUCGCGUUCGCCGGUACGCUUUCAGCGGACUUGUUUCGAGCUGCGAUAUUACACGGACACGAAUCGAUGGCAUAUGAAUAUAAAUGGCUAGGUGGUCUCUUUUGUUAUAUAUUUUAGUUAUCUUUUUUUAUAUUUAUGGGAGAUAAAGAAUGCACAGGUAGACACGAUUGGUCAGACAGGUCUCGAAAAGUUUUCAAGACGAGCUGUCAAUACUCCUCUUAUUUCACAUUUACAUGAAUUUUUAAGUCGCCUUCCCCGCAACGAGGCUGCUAGAUCGUGCACGCGGUUGGAGAUACCAGAUUGUAUUUUAAAUGCAUUUUAAAAGUGAGGCGUGUCGCAUGUGUAUAUGUUCGAUAAUAGAUAUCUGCUGCCAGUGAUUCUCAAUUGUUACGCACGACGAGCGGUAGCAUACUCGCCGGCGUAAUAAUGACAUAAUAAUGCGAUUAUUAAAUAAUGGUGUGCACAAAUGUUAUGUCAUGCUCAUUACACUUUGCGUUGUAAUUCAUGUGCGUUUUCGCUAAUUCGUGUUAUUGCGAAAUGAAAAAUGAUAAAAGUAUUCUAUAUUAAAUAAGAGAUCACUAUAUAAAAUAAGCAUGCUGUUGAAUUAGUUGAUUCGAAAUUAGAGGGAUAACACGAAAAUAUACCAUUUUACUGAUUUAUUUUGCACGAAAGGAGGAGAGAAAAAACGACAAAUUCGAAGGAACAGGCUCUUCUCGUUUAGUUGUAAGCGGCCGAUAUAAUACAUAUUGUAUUAUUAGAUAAAAAAAUAUCUUAGUUCCCAAACACACAAUUCAUUUGACUCGUAAAGCACUCGUAAAGUGUGUGGUUCGGAGCCAAAAGGAAACAAAAUAAAAGAUAAGACGAAAAGGAAAAAUAUGGCUAUGCGGCCAGAAAUAUCUGAAAGGUGCGAGAAAAAAUUAAAUAAGAUUAAGAAUACAUAAAAAUAUAUAAAUUAUAUAUAUAUAUAUAAUCUAUAAAUAUACAUAUACGAUAUAUGUAAAUUCUAAGGCGCGUAUUGCAUAGAUAUUUAUAUAUUAUAUAUGAUACAUAUUAUAUAUAUAUAUAUAUAUAGCAUAGAGCUAUAUGGACCUCUGGUAAAGAGAAUGGGGGUUUUUUCUAUUUUAUUAUGAUAACGAUCCUUAGGUGGUAGAGCAUUUUAUCUAUACGAGACACGUUUUGACGAGAAGAGAAAAAUGAAAACUAUCCCUUAUACCUAUAUGUAUAUUAUUAUUAUAUCUGUCGAGUAUAAAAGUACACGCGUACAUACAUAUAUACAUAUUCGUACACACGCGUAUAUAUAAUACAUAUAUAUUAUAUAUUCAUAAAUAGACGUUGAGAGAAAGAGAUGUCACGUAAAAUCUUAAAGGGUGCGAUCGCGGUUUUGCAAAUUGCUGUCGCAUCAUGAUAACUCAAAAUAAUAUAUGGAAAAGUACAGGCGAUGUUAUUGAGAAAAAUAUUUAGUGAGAGAGAGAAAGCAAGAAAGUUAGAAAAAUAUAGAGUACGAAACAGCCAUCACAUGGCAAUCACACGCGGAGGCACAAGGAAACUGGAAGACGCGAUUAUUAAACCAAAAAUGAAGGGAAAUUUGGAGAGAAUGAGUGAGAAUGAGUGAGAAUGAACGAGAGAGAGAGAGAGAGAGAGAGAGAGAGAGAGAGAGGGAGAGAGAGAGAGAGAGAAACACGGAGAAUAAUGAUAAAGAAUAAUUAAUUUUGUACUUUUUCGUGCGCGUUGCGAAAUGCUCAAACAAAGAGAAAUCUUAUCUAACGUAAUUAAUAAAACUGGCGCGCAUAUAUGGCUGAUAUAUAUUUGGACGCACGAUUCAUGUUGGGGCUCAAUAGACGAAUGCGAUACUCGGCGGUGAGCGUUGCGAUGGGCGAUAAAUAAAGAUGAGCCGUGAAUGAUAAAAUUAUGAUUACGCGCUUCGAUCAGCAUUCAAUCGCGACGAACGGUUUUCGGGCGGCGUGCCGCGAGAGAUGCGGAUUCGAUACCUUCUGCGAUCACGGAAGAUGCCGAUUCCGACGUCGGUCCACGAGAUUCAAAGUGUCCGAUACGUACAAUUAAUCGCGAUAGGCUCGUGAGAGGCAGCUCAAAACGGAGAACAACGGCACAAACGAUGAGAGGAACUCUCUUGUUUCACUCGGUGCUAUUUAUGCUACAGCGACGCAACAACGCACAAACUAUUUACGUAUUACAAGCAGGAUGUUGGAAAUCGUCUGAGAACUCAUUUCCACGAUAGAGUUUGUAGCACGCCGACCAGAGCGCAGCGAACAAUUCGAAUUCGAAUGGUCGGGAGAACGAAUAUCGUCCCGCUCUCACGCCGAAAAUCGAGAGAAUACGAGAACGGUGAUUGCUGAAGAGACGAGAAAAGAUUCUAUUGAAGGAGAGAAAAGAAAGGAGAAAAGAGGAAAGUGAGUAAUAUGAAUUGUGCGACGAAUGAGAGAAAAAUGCGGAAGAGAGAAGCUGAUGGGAAGGGAAAAAAAUUUAUUGAUACAAAAUAUUAAUACCUAAAUGCCCGGUUUAUUUUUAUAUUUAUUUUUCGAUCUAUGAAACGUUAUAAAAGUUUAAAAUGAUAUUUAAAUCUAAAUAUAUAUGACGAUAAAUACUAUAUACCUAUGGCUCUGUGUAUGAGAUACAUAAAAAAAAAUAUAUAUAUAUAUUUAUUGUAAUAAUGGAUGAUUAUAUAUAAUUAUUGUCGACGAGAGAGAGAGAGAUGGCGCAUCGUAUUCGCAGGUUGUACGAUGCUAUUACAGAUUGAUAUUAUAUAUCCAACGUAAUGUCUCCGCGCCUCAGCCCCUCCUCAUGCCUCCUAUAAAGAAAAUGAAGCGCUCCACAAGUCUACCGCAAUUUAAUUGCACUCUCCCGCCCUCUCCCCUUCCCUGAUAUUCUAUACAUGAACACCCACCAUCCAUUCACACAUAUACACAUACUCAUCCUUAAAUCCUUAAAAGAUCCUCAAAGACUCCAAGUACGAAUUAUACGAACAUCGACUCGCUCGUGCAACAUCCCCGAACGUAUAAUAAACUGUACUAGUUUAAUAAAUCUUAGUUUUGGCGUAUAAAAAUACAGAUAUCAUAAACAUAUAUAUAUAUAUACACAUACAUAUAUAUAUGUAUAUAUAUAUAUUUAUAUCAAUGUAGUAUGUUAUAGUCUUUAACGACAACAAGUAAGACGGGACACCAUAGAUUUUUAAUUAGCGUAACGACUAUCGCGGGGCGUCUUCCGAGUUUGGUCGACUUGGCGGGGUAUCGUAGCAAUACAGGGAGGUGGAAUAACACACACGGGACGGAAUUGUGUGAGUCUCGCGCGGGGAUGAAGCGGCGAUCAGUUCGACGGAAAUCCGACGAAGUCUGAUCGAUGCGAUCGAACCGCUUUGGAUCGAUCAGCGAGAGCGUCUCUGAUCGUAUCAGCUGUCGCACAAAACCGGGAGUGAUGUAUUAUUGGGAGAGAUAUAUCCAAGUACAAAGAAAUGCAAAAUAAGAGAUUCUCCCGUGCAAUUUUCUUGUUGGAACCUCAAUGAUACGAGAGAGAUAGAGAGAAAUAAAGAGAGGGACAGAGAGAGCGAGAAAGAAAAAAGGGAAUGCUACGACACCACGACGAUCGAUGGCGUCCUGCGAGCGCACCAUUAAACGAUAAUUGAAGAUAUUAUAUAUGACGAAAGGAGAGAAAUCACAUACUGCCCAAUGCUGCUAUAGCCUAGUUACUUAAGUAUGACUGCACGUGUGAGAGAGAAGGAGAGAUUUUGAUCGGUGAGGAUCGCAGAGAGAGAAAGAGAAAGAGAGCGAGGAUCACACACAGGAAAGGAAAAGAGACCGUGCUUGUAAACUACAAAUCUAUGAUAUUUCAUAGUCGAUGUAGCCGCCGGAUAUUUCACUGUGUUGGCCGUGUUGUGUGUUACUGUCUAUUAUCGUAAUGUCUGUAUGUGUGCGUGCGUGCGUGCGUGAUAUGUGUGUGUAACACGGGCAAAGGGAAAGAGUGAUGAGAAAACGAAGAGCAUGGAUAUACGAUGAGAUGCGGCGAGAAGCAACAAUCAGGAUGCCUGUGCCGCGAGACACGAUAAUCGGCACACUCGAUCAUUCCGAUUUUGUAGAUCUCGAUCAUUUUCCGAUCACUCGUUCGCUCAUUCACUCAUUUUGCAUUUGACUACCUAAGAAAAUAAUGGCUAAACGCAAUGGACUUGCAGAUGCAAAUAAGUGAUAUUUAUUCAUACACACAUACAUAUAUUAUAUAUAUAAUAUACAUAUUAUAUGCAGGGUAUGCCAGAUUUCUCGUAUCUUCUUUCUUUUUCUGCGGAUUAUGUUCGCAGAGAGAUCUAGAAUAUUUUGUUAUUUCUCGCCGUAAUGAAUAUUACUUUUCCAUGAAUUCUCAUUUCCCUCUAUUUAUUCAGAACUGAAUAAUUUUGCUGAAGUCUGCUACAAGUUAAAAUGAUAAUUAAAAUUUCAUAAGUUUUUGUAUUUCUGAGAAAAACCUGAUUUAAAAACUCCCAAUUUUUUAAUAUGAAAAUUUUUUUGAUCCUCGAUUUUUUCAGAUGUGAAUGUACUUAUUUUAUUGCUCAAAGAACGAAUUUUAUUGCUUCACAGAUGAAAGGGCGCGCGUGACAACCAGGCUACCCUGCGUAUACAUAUUUAAUGUUAUCCUGUAUAUAUAUUUAUUUAAAUAUAUAUAUAAAUAUAUAUAUAUAAUAACAUACUUUACGAUACCGCAUAACUUUCUGACUGAUUAUCCAUAAUGUGAGAAAGAGAGGAGAACCGCAGGAGAGAGAUACAUCACAGAAAGUAGGUACACUAUCAUUCCCCACACACUGCAACGCAACAAGCAACAACACUUCCGUGAAUAUCCGACGGUGGUUUUAUCAACCCCCGUCGCGCCGCGCCGCGUUGUGUCGAACGAAAUAACGUUGCGCGUAUCCGGCCCCUUCAUCUCGCGGUCGCCGGGAUCCGCGAAACUCCGCAGAAAAAUCCCAAGAUCCUCCCAGGUUGCGCAUAAUUUCAACGUGUAACGUCGAUCUGCAAAGACGCGCCAUCGGCAGUGAGGAUGCGCCUCUUAUAAAGAAAAAAAAGGAAAGAAAAAUAAGCAGAAUUACCUAAGUGCAGUCUUGCGUGCCGUUAAGAAGAAGAAGGAAACGAUGAUGAAACUGAAGAAAAAAAUAAAAAGAGAAAUGGGAAGUUCUGUUCACACUAGCGGGACAAUUCGUUGGCAUUGUUCGAAUCAUUUGACGCGUCCGGACCAAUGUCGAAGAAGUAUUAUUUAACGAUAGGUUUCCAAUAGCCAAAGUGCUGCAAAUAAUGAUAUAUAUAUUUUUGUAAAGACACUAUAGGAUACAACGUCAGACGAUAUAAGGAUAAAUAAUAAUAAUUCAGUGUUAACGGUGAUUCGUUCAGCGAUUUGUUGGAGAAACGAAACGUGGAAAGAAAAAAAUGGGGCAGGAAAAGAGCAAGAAAGGAUUGAGGGUUGAAAGGGGUUCAAGACAGAUUCCCAGCGUGAUCCUCGUGCGGCAGCGAGCUAGCAAACACGCGCGCGCGUGCGAGUAGAAAGACGGAAAAUCGCCGGCACCGGAAAUAGAUGGAAGCCGGCGCGUGGAUUCAAACGGAUCCGAUUAAAGUAUCGACGUUUAACGAACGCCCGAGAGCUCCGUUACAUCGAUCGUGGACGUGUACGUGUACAAAUAACGCGUACACGGAUACAUACACUAAUACGUGGUCGGACCAGGCGUAGGAAUUUUCGCGAGACGUCACGCGGCAAGAGAGAGCGUGGCUUCGCAAAAAUUUCUGCGAGGUUUUUCGGAACCAUAAAGACCGAUCGAUCGAUCGGUCGAUCGCGAAAGCGUUUCGCCCGUUGCUCGUCUCGUCAUUACGGGGUUCCCGGGCGGGUCCGGACUCACGCCAGUGGACGUGGCUCGAGGAUUUAUCAUGCGAACACCUCCACUUGCGUUUCCGCAUACUGUGCACAAUGAGUGAUUAAGGCCUAAAAAGAACGAGAGAAAGAGAGAAAUAGACACAAUGCGUGCGUGCAUAGCCACGCGUCACACACGCACAUGCACACGCAUACACGUACACAGAGCUACAGUCACACGUUUUUACUCUAGCGCAUACAGAAACAUAAGGAUAUAUUAUAGAUAGAGCAUACACGACAGAAAAAAAAAUAUAUAUAUAGAUAUAUACACAGAUAUAUUAAUAGUAUUUAAUACACACUAAUAAUUUAUAAUUUUUACGUAUGUUAUGUGAUGUCAUUGUCUACUAGUUAUCUGAUGAGACCUCCUCCGUGUGAAUAUCCCUCGACGACCCAGAUGUCCGUAUCUACUAUCUACCCUCCCCGAUUACCCCGAUUACCCGUCCUAAGGAAAACCCCGUCGCGCAUAAUCUCUACUGUGUUUUCUCUCGGCUCCUAGAUAAAGCCGGUUGCGUCUUCAAUACGGAAUUACAAAGCAAUAAAGUAAAUGAGACUAUUUAAGAGGUACACAAGACGUGUGAAUGGGAAGAACAAGAGGAGAAAACGACAUUGAUCCCUUUUAUGAGAGUGAGUGAUUCACGUGAUCGUCGUGCGCUCGAUCGAUGGUGAUCGACGGCGAUUGCGCGCGGAAUUUCUCGUAUCUCUUCUUCUUUCUCGCUAUCCCGAUCUCCGCAUCCUGCGCGAAGCACUCCCGCCGCAACUGAGAAAUUUAAUCUCCUCCAUUGAUCCUCCUAUUUUCCGCAUUCGCCGCUCCUCCCUUUCUGAACCCUUUGGAAGCAAGAGUGGUCAAUGCGAGAAAUGAAAAAAUCAUCUUUAUAAAUUUUUUUCAUUCUCUUUCUUCGACUAUCAUUGAAUACGCGCAACAACAUCAAUUUUUUAAUCAUCAGGUUUUUAUUUCGAAUCUCAUCGAUAUUUUAAUGUCACCAAUUCACAGUUUUCAACAAAGAAGGCUCAAUGGAGAUCAUAAAUCAGACAUUAAAUCGCUCUUGCUGCAAUUACGUAAACUCGGUUUUUCCCCGUCUUUCUUUUAAACAUCUAAGUCUCCUUUCCGGAUGUUUCCGGCGACAGAGAAGCUACCGCCAGGUGCGGUGCUCAUGAUACGAAAAAAUCGUAUAUCUAAGAUAGAGUGAGAGAGAGGGAGAGAGAGAAGUAGAUUGCCCGUUGCUCGGCGAAACCCUCUUCUUACUUAACAUCAUUUCAAGCUUCCUCCUUUUUAAUGCAUGUAUGAUGCGAUAUAUAGACUGGAACAGGAUUAUAAUAUAUCGCCGCAAUAUUUUUAUAAUUUAAAUCGGAAAUUGUAAAUUAGUAUAAACGUAUAUAUAUUAUAUAUGAGAUAUAUAUAUACGACGUAUAGGGCGAGCACGGCAACGGAUAUGUUGUAAAAUUUCUUAGUGAUCGAGAGAUUCGCAAGAAAUUUAAGAAUGAGUCCUUAAUAGGUACUUCAUAAAAAAAUUGCAUAAAGUUGCAUAUCCUGCCUGUAAUAACGUAUAUGUGUUAUAAUUUGAACGAUUGUGUCAUAUAUCGAUAAUAUAUUUAUAUAUUGCUUUAUCUAUAUGUAGGAUAUAAUAUAUUGAAAGAAAAUAUAUAUAUUAUCUUCUACAAUACAGUGUAAAGUUAUUUUCUUUUUCUUUGAUGCGAUCAAUUGGCGAUUCUAUUUCCCGGCGCAAUCUAUUUCUCUCAAUCGAUCACCAUCAACUCACUCUUAUUAGUUUCUUUCAUGUUCGUGCAUCACAUUAAUAUCGAAAUUAAUAUCGAGUAAAUAAUGUACUUAAUUAUUUUUUAUUAGCAUCUGUGUUAAUCUUAUUUCGCAUUAAUUUAUCGAUUUUCACGUUUCUCUAUCAUUAUCAUUAUACGCAGAGCACUCAACAUUUCUAUUACUUAUCGCAAGCUAUCUCUCCUGUCGUUUCUCUUUUAUUAUUCACUCCCGGUCUUUCAUCCCAUUGGAUCCUCGUGAUUGAGCCGACGCUUUUAGCGCGAGAGAUGGGAGAUCGGGAAGAGAACGAGGAACUGCAACACGCCGAAAGAAGGAUAGGAGAAAGAAUAUCGCGAAAAUCACGACAAGACACAUACCCACGACGGGGGGAGAAUUAUAGAUAUUAUUAUAUAUACAUAUAUAUAUUUCUCUAAAAAUUAAUAGAACGUUAAACGCAAAAGACUAUCUAUCUACGUAAUGCGAGAAUGGACAAAAAGAGGAAGGGCAAGGAUAUAAAAGACACUUUAAAAAGUUAUUAACGUUUAGAGCAAACGCGAGAGGGAGGAAGAAGCAAAUUAUAUCUAGUUUUCGAUGAUAUUUCGUAGGAAGCCCGCGAGGCGACGAGGGCGAGUUCUGCGCGCUAUGAAGAUAUCCGGAGAUGGAAUAUCGAUGCGUCUACCGGAAAUAUGCAAAACGCGGCAGGUCGGUUUUGGCGUCGCGACGACGACGACGGAAAUAACGGCGGGCCGCGACGCCCGAAACGACGAGAGGGCAGGAGAACGCGCGAAAAUCAAUGGGAGAGACGUACGAAAAAGAGCCAUUCUCUCGCGAGAAAGGUCCCGCACUGAUUCUCACCCCUCACCCUCUAUUGCUCCCUCCCCUCUGUUCGUUUUAGCUCGUUAGAUGUAAAACGCGACUAGACGCACAUGCAACACAAUCUAUAUAUGCAUAUACAUAUACAUAUAUAUAUUUUUUUGAAUUGCCAGUUCCUGAAUGGACCCCGAAGAUCGAGAUCUCCGCUGGUCCCCUCACUCCUAUAUCUUACUCGACGAAUGUCCCUUUUAGUUCCUCCAUCCUAUUCACCUCCCACUCUUCACGUCCGCGUUGUUUCGCCCCGUAUUUAAUUCGUCGUUCAUCGCCACUUUAAUCGGGACACUAAUCACUUAAGAGCAUUAAUAUUAAUCGAGCCCCUGGUAUAUCGAUUGGGAUGUACUCUCGGUAUGCGCGCCGGAGAUUCCGAGCGGAAACUCGUCCAUUUCGAUAAAUUUCGAGUAUUUACCCCAUCGGAAUAUAGCGGAACGGACUCGCUGGGACACGCGUACGGAUCGCCGUGAUUUCCGGAUCGUUCUGAUGAGGAGGAAUUCAAUUGACGCAGAUCGAAUGAACUUUACAUAAUUCGACGGUACCAUUGCUCAGCUCCUGCAUCGACUGAUUCGAGCUUGAGCACCGUCGAGCCACCUAAGCCACCCCUUAAGAUCAGCCGAGGAUGCUCAAUCGCGAAUUCUCGCUUCCUUUUACGUCUUUACACUUACUCCCUUCCGGUCUUUUCCGGUUUUACGAAGCAGAAACGACCGGAAGAACGAGGAAUCGAAAGCAAUGAGCGGAAUACGCGCGCAAUAAGAAUCGGCGACGAAGCAAUCAGUGCGGCAUAAAGAAGGAUAAGGGGAGAAAUGUAAAGAGCCGCGAGAAAGAAGAGAAGAGAAGAAAAGAGAAGAAGGAAAGAACGUCGCAAGAACAAAAUCGGUGCCAAACUCUUUUUAAUAUUGACGACUGAUACAGGCAGCUGAAAAGUAUGUCUUAAAUCACGUGGCGCGCGAUGAUCUAUCAUGCUCAAAAAGGAAGAGAGAAAAAAAAAGAGAAAAGAUGGAAGACGCACAUGCUCAGAAUGCUGAUCGUAUGUCUGAGAAAAAUGGAUUUACGGAGUAGACACGUAUAUAUAUUUGAUGUAAGCGAUAGCUAUUUAGUAUCCUAAUAAGCGAACGUAUUAAUCUCCGCACGUAAAGGCACGUAAAAGUAAGGAGAACAAUACGCGCGCGGCGGAAAAGCGUGGGAAGGAACGGAGGAUACCGUUUUGCCGAUAGAUCCUUAAAAUCUAUAAUAAGGAAUAAUAGAACUCCUUCGACUUUGCGCGCCAGAUUACCGAGAGGAGUAGACUGAUAAUCAUUUUUCUCACGAACUGAAUCGACGUUAUCGUCGAUUAUCGAAUCGUCGUUAAGGGCAACGAUAUUAAAUUAAA